UUCCCUCCUGCAGACGGGGUCUUGAAGUCUUCAGGAUGUUUGAGAUCCAGCUCGGUUCACGUUAGUGCUGACGUGACAGCCUGUUGCUGCUUUGUUUGUUUGCGUGUCUGACAUCAGAUGUUGCUGAUUUAGUCCUUGUGUGUGUGUGUGUGUGUGUGUGUGUGUCUGCGUGUGUGUGUGAGCGUGUGUGUGUGACCAAUCCUCCCACCACCCCCUUCCUCUGGGCUCGGCCAUUUGGCCGUCAGACUCAGACGGACCUCAGAGGGGAGAGGGAAGAAGAAGAAGAAGAAGAAGAAGAGGGGAAGCGACUCAGAAGAAAAGAAAGAGAGAGAGAGAAGGACUGGACUACUGAAGGAGUGGACGGGGAGAAAGAGGAGAAGAGCAACAACUCCAACCGGAUCAGAGAGGAGACGAAGAAGAGGAGGAAGAGGAGUGUGAUGAGAAGAGGAAGAGAAAGGCAAGAGUUGGUAACAACAAAGAAGGAAAGGAAGAAGGAGAAACCUACUCUCAGAGGAGGAGGAGGUGGAGGAGGAGGUGGGGGCAGAACAGAACAGAACAGGGGGGAGUUGCCUUCGAUCGUAAAACUCCCUCCUUCACAGCUGCAGACACACACACACACACACGCGCACACACACACACACACACUCACACACUCUCCUGUCAGCAGCUCACACAUGCUGCGGCUUCCACACAAAACGAGUUCUGAUAAAGUCGGAGCAAACCUAAAAAGAGGUGACGGUCGGGGCAGCGAUGGGCUGUGAGCAUGGACACUCCCAUUGACUUCUACAGACACUUCUCCUGGCUCAAGAAGGUGAACCGCUGUUCUCCAGCCAACAAUGAAACCUACCAAGAGCGACUGCUCCGCCUAGAGGGGGACAAGGAGUCUCUGGUGCUGCAGGUGAGCGUUCUGACCGACCAGGUGGAGGCUCAGGGGGAGAAGAUCCGAGACCUGGAGAGUUCCCUGGAGGAACAUCGGCAGAAACUGGCCUCCACGGAGGAGAUGCUGCAACAGGAGCUGAUCAGCAGGACGUCUCUGGAGACUCAGAAGCUGGACCUGAUGGACGAGGUGUCCUACCUCAAGCUGAGGCUGGUCGGCGUGGAGGAGACGCACAGCGACACGACGCAACAACGGCAGGACGCUGCGGACACCAAUCAGAACAAGGCUGAGUGUGUGGUAAACCUCAUCAGUGAGCUCCAGGAGCAGAUGUGCAGGUUUCAGGCAGAGAUCAGCACUCGCAUCCAGGAGAAACGGGCCCUGGAGGAGCGGGAGGCGCAGCAGGAGGCGGAGCCCCGAGGCGGCCAGGCCCAGGGCCCCGCCCCUCAGCCGGAGCUAGCCGACUCGGACGACAGCCGGCCCGACUCGGACGCCUGGAUGCACAAUGGAGGACAGACUGUACACGAUCUGUUGGACGAAGUGAAGCAGCUGAAGAGCAAAGUGGAGGAUUUGGAACGAGAGAAGAGUCGAUAUGAGAAAAAACUACGGGCGACCAAGACUGAGAUCUCGGAGCUGCAGCAGCUCCUCGCCUCCAAGGACGCCGAGAUCGAGUGUCUGCAGACGCAGCUGCUCGCCAGAGACGGCUCGGCCAAUGACAACGCAGAGAGAGAGGAGGUGUAUAUCAAGCAGCUGAUUAACAAAUACCAGGAAUACCACAGGCUGAAGGUGGGGAUGGAGUCUCUGUUGGCGUCUAAUGACGAAAAGGAUCGUCGUAUCGAGGAGCUGACCGCUCUGAUCGGCCAGUACAGGAAGAUGCGCGAGGUCAUGGCGCUCACACAAGGGAGCAGUGAAGAGGAGCUGAGCGGCAGUUUGAAGCUGCGAGCGAUCACACGCAGAGCUCACUCCGACACUCUGCGUUCAGAGAUUUCAUCCAGAGGAUCGUCUCCGCUGAUGUUGUCUUCAUCCAUUUACCACAGAGAGUUGGACUUAAGCCUCCAGAACUCCCUGGACACAUCGCUGGUGUCCACCGGAGACACGAGCUUCUUCAACGGAUCGUGGCAUCAGGGCCGGUUGUUGUCGAGCAGCCUUGAAGAGUUGCAGAGCGGAUCGUUACAAAAGGCUGUCCAACCUGCUGAAAGUGAAUCAGAUGUAGGGGCAGAGACUCCGCACCUGGAGCUGAGCGGGUACCAGACUCUGCCGGGGAAGCGGAGUAAGAAGAGCGAGCCGAGGGCGGCGCUGAACGGAGACGCCGAGUACUCGUCUCCGGCGCGCGAGCACGAGCAGGACUACAGACUGAGAUCUCCUGGGAAACACGAGCUCUAUGAUGUCGGACGUCCAGAGAAGCCGGAGGAGAGUCUCCUCUCGGACCAGUCGCCUCUGUCCUCCGGAGUGGACUCUGGACAACAGUCGCCCGUCUCCCCGGAGAACAGGAAGAGUCACAGAGGCAUCAAGAAACUCUGGGGGAAGAUCCGUCGCAGCCAGUCAGGUAGUCCCGUUCAGCUUCACGACCCCGAGCUGGGCGAGUUCAAGAGGGGGGGCUUCCGAGCCACGGCUGGACCACGACUGGCCCGUUCGGGGAACGCACGGGAUCCCAAGGCGCCUUUUUCCAAGUGGAGCACGGAGCAGGUGUGCGACUGGCUGGAGGACAUCGGGCUCGGUCAGUACGCCGUCUUUGCUCGCCACUGGGUCACCGACGGGCAGACUCUGCUGGCGGCCUCCGUGCAAGACCUGGAGAAGGAGAUGGCCGUGAAGAAUCCGCUCCACAGGAAGAAGCUCCAGUUGGCCGUCAAGGCGUUCGGCAGCAAGCAGCCCGAGAAGUCGGCAGAGCUCGAUUACGUCUGGGUCACUCGUUGGCUCGACGACAUCGGCCUCCCUCAGUACAAAGACCAGUUCAACGACGGAAGGGUGGAUGGACAGAUGCUGCAGUAUCUCACCGUGAAUGACCUGUUGUUCCUGAAGGUGACGAGUCAGCUCCACCACCUCAGCAUCAAGUGUGCGAUUCACGUUCUCCACGUCAACAAGUUUAACGCCAACUGCCUGAAACGCAGGCCCGGCAACGAGAACCAGUUCUCUCCCGGCGAAGUCAUCCAGUGGUCCAACCACCGAGUCAUGGAGUGGCUGAGAUCGGUGGACCUGGCCGAGUACGCACCGAACCUGCGGGGCAGCGGCGUGCACGGGGGCCUGAUAAUGCUGGAGCCUCGCUUCGGCUGGGACACGCUGGCCAUGCUGCUGAACAUCCCGCCGCAGAAGUCGCUGCUGAGGCGCCACCUCAGCACCAACUUCAACGGUCUGGUGGGAGCGCAGGCGCGGCGCGAGAAGCGCGAGUACACGGAGGCGCCGGGCUACACGCCGCUCAGCAUCACGGCCAAGGUCAAGCCAAAGAAGUUGGGCUUCUCCAACCUGACCCACCUCAGGAGAAGACGCUCCGACGAGUCCACGGAUUACGUGUGUCCCAUCGAGGCGUCCCCAUCCCCCGGGUCGGGGCAGCCGGCGGUGAACGGGGCGCAGGUGCGUCCCUACGCCGGCUUCCGAGGCCUGAGCCCCAUCCUGGACAGAGAGACCGACCCGUCCAGGGACCAGAUGGUGAUCACAGAGGGCACCGUGUUGCAAAUAGAAGCUCUGUCUGAGAGCAUCAACAACCUCACAUACCUGCUCAGCCGGGAGGAGCUGCAGAAGGAGCUGAGACGGGCCCAGACGGCGCUCGUCUGAAGGACAAUGACCCGGCGCCGUUGGCUCUGGAAGGCUGUCGGCCGACCAGCGAGACACCCGCAGCUGCAGCCAGUCUCGCUCCUGUACUGCACCUCAAGCCCCGGCCUAGCACCGCUGGUUACACUGAUACCUCCUGUAACACCUACAGAACAUUGUGCAGUCGCACUGUAGAUACAACGGACCUGGUAACACCAGUGGAAUGAACACAGAUCCCUGACACAACAGUCACAUUGAAUUUUAUUAUUAACUACAGCGAUAAUGACGUGUAGCAUUUCUUAGAGCUUUCUUCUUGUUUCCCUAUGCAAAGUACCGUCUAAUGCUCAUAUUGACCACCGUGUACAUAUACCGUGUGUACUGUUCUAGUAUUACUGUUCAGGGUCAGAUGGCUCAUUCCUUGUUACACGGCAAACAUGUGCAACGUGUCAUUCCUUCUGUCUGGAGUCUCCGAUGCACAGCUGAAGAAGAGGCAGAUGGAAAAGUUAACUGAGUCGGUGAAAUAACAAGUGUAUUCGUGUUUUCGAAAUUGGAAACUUGAUGUUAAAGGAGUGAAUGGGACAAAAACUUCAUCAAAACCCUUUUACUUUGUUGUAAUUACAUUGUUAUUUUAGGGAGGAUGAGCGGUGGAAAUGAAUUAUAUUUUUUUAUAAUGAAUUGAUUUUGGUAUAGAGAAAAGUUUUUGCCCAUUAUACCCAUUAUAUACAUUAUACGCAAGACAUUGGUGUAUCAUAGUGACAGUUGGUUGCCCCACCUGCGCAUAUAAACAUUUCAAUUAUUCUAUUCUAUUCUAUUUUAUUGUACCAAAGAAGAAGAAAUGAUGGAGCUGCUGACAUUUUAGUUGAUAUUCAUAUUUUGUAGUUUCAGUACAAAUGAUGGUUCCUCGAUCCUGCUCUCCUCUGUAUGCCCCUGGCACAGCACUGGUUCAGGUUUUAAUUACUGUAACUGACUCUGUCCACUUUGGCCAGAGCAGGUAACCAUCAACCAAAAUGUCUGUUCGACUGCACGAAUGGCGACCGACUGGUACAGUUGUACCAUGAAAAAAUUAAUAAAAGCACUUUGACAGAA